AUGCCUGGUGAGGUUAUUGAUCGACCAAAUCCCCCAGCCCAACCGUCGCAUCUUCCCGAUCUACUUGACCAGCUGCAUGUUCAGCUCCAGCAGACAGCGUUGGACCAGGAUGCUUGCGAUGCCCUGUUCAAGUUUCGUCGGGCGGCAUCUUAUAUUGCUGCGGCAAUGAUUUUUCUGCAGGAUAAUGUGAUGCUGAAGCGUGAUCUAACGCCAGCAGAUAUUAAGCCUCGCCUUCUUGGUCACUGGGGAACAUGCCCCGGUCUGAUUUUGGUAUACUCUCAUUUGAACUAUAUCAUCAAAAAGUAUGACCUAGAUAUGCUUUACGUUGUCGGGCCCGGGCAUGGCGCCCCCGGCAUACUAGCCUCGCUAUGGAUCGAGGGAUCACUGGAAAAGUUCUACCCUCAUUAUGGGAGGAAUGUAGAUGGUCUGCGUAACCUCGUCUCAAGGUUCAGCACCAGUGCUGGACUGCCAAGCCACAUUAAUGCCGAGACUCCUGGGGCAAUCCACGAAGGAGGAGAACUGGGCUACGCCUUGGCUGUAUCCUUUGGCGCAGUCAUGGAUAAUCCGGACUUGAUUGUCACCUGUGUGGUGGGAGAUGGCGAGGCAGAAACUGGCCCGACAGCCACGGCCUGGCACGCCAUAAAGUACAUCGAUCCGGCUGAGUCAGGAGCUGUACUCCCGAUCCUACAUGUGAAUGGCUUCAAGAUCAGUGAGCGGACAAUCUUUGGUUGUAUGGAUAACAAAGAACUUGUAUGUCUGUUCACGGGCUAUGGCUACCAGGUGCGCGUGGUCGAGGACCUCCAUGAUAUUGACACCGAUCUUCACAACUCCAUGUUGUGGGCGAUUAGUGAAAUCCGCAGAAUUCAAAAGGCGGCGCGCUCUGGACAGCCGAUUAUGAAGCCUCGGUGGCCGAUGCUGGUUAUGCGUACGCCCAAGGGCUGGUCGGGUCCAAAGCAGUUACAUGGACAGUAUAUCGAAGGGUCCUUCCAUUCUCACCAAGUCCCUCUUCCCAAUGCCAAAACCGAUGGGGAAGAACUGCUAGCUCUCCAAAAAUGGCUUUCUUCGUACCGGCCAGGGGAACUUUUUACCGCGGCUGGCGAUGUUGUCGACGAUAUCAAAUCUAUAAUUCCCUCAGACAAUAAAAAGCUGGGUCAGCGACCAGAGUCAUACAAAAAUUAUACCGCCCUGGACCUCCCCGACUGGAGACAGUUCUGCGCGGAGAAAGGCGAGCAGCAGAGUGCAAUGAAGACGAUUGGCAAGUUCAUUGACCGGGUGAUGGUUCAGAACCCUCAUAGCCUUCGCCUCUUUUCCCCUGAUGAACUGGAGAGUAAUAAGUUGAGCGACGUCUUGGAACACACAGGCCGGAAUUUUCAAUGGGAUGAGUUCUCAAAUGCAAGAGGCGGACGCGUGAUUGAAGUUUUGAGCGAGCACUUGUGUCAAGGCUUUAUCCAAGGGUAUACUUUGACCGGUCGGGUGGGUAUCUUCCCAUCUUAUGAGAGCUUCUUGGGAAUCGUCCACACUAUGAUGGUGCAAUAUGCCAAGUUGAUGAAAAUGGCCAAGGAGACAUCCUGGCAUCAUGACGUGAGUAGCAUCAAUUAUAUCGAAACUAGUACCUGGGCCCGCCAGGAGCACAACGGAUUUUCGCAUCAGAACCCGUCUUUUAUUGGCGCGGUGCUCAACCUCAAGCCUGAGGCUGCGCGGGUUUAUCUACCCCCGGAUGCAAACACCUUCUUGACGACCGUACAUCACUGCUUGAAAUCCAAGAAUUAUGUCAACCUUAUGGUGGGCUCGAAGCAACCAACUCCAGUAUACCUCAGCCCUAGUCAAGCAGAGCGUCAUUGUAGAGCGGGCGCGUCUGUUUGGAACUUCUGUAGUACCGAAGAUGGAAUCCGGCCCGAUGUGGUGCUUGUAGGAAUUGGGGUUGAGGUGAUGUUCGAGGUAAUCUAUGCCGCGGCUAUCCUACGGAAGCGAUGCCCCGAGCUUCGUGUUCGUGUGAUCAAUGUGACAGAUCUGCUGGUCUUGGGCACGGAGGGCGCCCAUCCGCAUGCGCUCCGAGACGAGGCGUUCGAUAACUUGUUCACACCCGACCGACCGAUCCACUUCAACUACCAUGGUUAUCCAAGCGAACUAAAGAAUCUCCUCUUCCAUCGUCCUCAUCUGGAUCGGGUAACCAUCAACGGGUACAUAGAAGAAGGGAGCACCACGACACCCUUCAACAUGAUGCUCGCAAAUGAAGUGUCGCGCUUCCAUGUGGCGAAGAUGGCUAUUAUGGGAGCAGCCAAGUGGAAUGAAAAAGUUCAAGUCCGGCAGCACGAGCUGUGUUCUGAGCUGAAUCACAACAUUGCUGAGACACAAAAGUAUAUUGUGGAAAAGCGCAAAGAUCCGGAUGACACAUACACUAUGCCUGCAUUUGACUGA